CUCACCUCGUCAGCUUCAUGACCUUUACAGCUCUCAUUCCAACCCCAACACACUGCUCUUCAGAGGACUACAACACUUUACACCCUACCAAGGUCUUCUCUCUGCCUUUUACAUUCCGUCGGAGCAUUAUUCAUACACAAGAAGACUCCACGGAGCUUCGUUUGUCACGAUGCCUGGAUUCGACUUCUCAAACCACACGCGCAAUGCUGCCCUGCAUGCAAGAGGAGUGCCACUUCCAAAAGCAACCAGCACGGGGACCACAAUUGUGGGAUGCAUCUUUGAAGGAGGCGUUGUUAUCGCAGCCGAUACGAGAGCAACAUCCGGGCCCAUAGUUGCGGACAAGAAUUGCGAAAAACUCCAUUACAUCGCACCUCAAAUCUGGUGCGCCGGUGCUGGUACGGCGGCUGAUACCGAAUUCACUACCUCACUUAUCUCUUCUCAACUCGAGCUACACUCUCUGUCGACCGGCCGUAAGCCUCGUGUUGUUACAUGCAUGACAAUGCUGAAGCAGCACCUAUUCCAGUACCAGGGUCACAUUGGAGCAUACUUGGUUGUGGCUGGCGUUGACCCAACUGGCGUCGGCCUUUACACUGUCCAUGCACAUGGUAGCACAGACAAGCUCCCCUACGUGACUAUGGGCAGUGGGUCAUUGGCGGCUAUGUCUGUAUUCGAGACGCAGUGGAAGUCAAAGUUAACCGAGGAGGAAGCGAUCGAGCUUGCAUCAAAUGCCAUUCAAGCUGGUAUUUUCAACGAUUUGGGCUCUGGAUCAAAUGUUGACGUGGCUGUCAUUAAGAAGGAUAUGACAACGCUCAAGAGGGGUUACAUCAAGCCGAACGAGCGGAGUAAAAAGCAAAAGAGCUAUGUCUUCAAGCGGGGUACGACUGCAGUGCUCAACGAAAAGAUCACCACCAAGGAGGAUAUCAGCAGAUAUGUUACUGUCCAUGAACUGGAGAGCGCCGAUUCUGCUAUUGCGGAGAAGAUGGAUUUGGACACCUAAGGUCGUGGAAAUCACCAAAUGUAUUAUAAUGAGAGGGAGACGGGAGACUAGGAGACUAGGCGUAUGUGUUCUACUGGAUCCAAGGCAUGUAGCGCCUGAAUAGGUGUUUUGCUUCAAUAUUUUUUCGGGGUGGAAUUGGUGAUGCAUUGACUGCUUCGUAACUUUAUUACUAGUCGUAACAAGGGGAUAUGCACAAUGCAGUAAACAUAACCAGUCUUAAAAGUUGCCGAG